GCCUAUGGGGAUUGGGCUGCUGGGGGCGCUGUGGCGUGCCGGGAGCUAUCGGGGUGCUGCAGGGAUGCUCCAGGGGCCCCGUAGAUUUUGUAGGAGCCUGGGGGGCUGUGGAGCGCUGCAGGACGUACGUGGAACUGCAGAAGGGCUGCAGAAGCCGCAGGGGGGCUGUGGGACGUACGGGGUGCGUAAGUGGACAGAGGGGCCUGUAGGGUCCGCGGGGUCGCUGCAAAAGUCCUUGGAGCUCUAGGGGUGUAAUGGGUGUAGGGCAAACAAAGGCGAUGACGGAGCCUUUAUGUGAGAAACAGGCGCUGUAGGAAAAGAUCAAAGAGAAAUGAACUCCCCGCUCCCAGGAGCAGUUUGGAGAAAGGGGCAGCUGAGGAACGCAGCCUCCUCCCGUUCGUACUGGAACGGGAAAUGGGCCGCAGGGGGCGGCUGGGACAGCGGGGGAGCUUUUGUGGGGGCAGGGUUGGAGAAAGGAAGAGUGAAAACCCGCACCGUGCGCUCCUUCUUUGUGUGAUACGAUUUCUCGCUAUAAACAAUCCAACUAUUUGCCUCUACGCGCUGAUAGCACUGUUGGAAAUAUCCAAAUAAUUUUGUCAGGACGGGAUCUCUGAUAAAAGCAGAUUUGAUUCGCGAUUGCAAUGGCGGCGUCCCGCAAGCAGGAGCACCUAUGGACACAACAUGGCAGCCUUUAGAUCCUGUUUGCUCCCCCUUGCCUCCCCCCUCCCCUGUUUCCCCACUGGCUGCGUACUCCACGUUGACAUUUGCUAUUUACUUGUUCAUUUAUUUGUUUCCUGCUGUCAGUCAGCAGCCAUCCUGUUGUUUCCAAGCUGUCUCGGUGCUCUCCUUGUCCUCUUGAUGUGGCGACUUUCUUUGAAGUCUUCGUUGAACAAAGAGCACUGGGGGAUGAUGCCAGGCCUUCCCAAUGUUUCUUCAGGCGCUUCCUCGCGCUGCCAUCGCUUGUUGUCUGGUUUGCUCUCGUGCAGGAUGUUCUUGCAGUGUGUGACAAAAUAUACAUCUGUACACCUCUAUACAGAGUGUGCGUGCCUGGGAAGGUUCAUCUGGAGGAUCAGUGAUGUAAACUUAUCAGAGAUCUUCCCCAAGUAGAGGGACUCCCCAAAAGAACUAUGAUAGUGGAGAUCAUAAAAUAAAAAUAAUAUUAUACAAUUCUAAUGCAGAAACAUCAUUUGAUUCCCACUGAUGAGAUAAAACACACAGAUGGGAGCCCUGGGGACAGAGGUGCUCUGGGAUAUGGCAAAGGCCCCUGCUUAACGGCAGGCGCUUAAUUAAAAGGCAGGCCAUCAACUUUAUGGAGGGAGCGAUCAUUUCUGUGGUCACGCUGAAUAAACAGGGAUUCUGUCCUUCCGUCACUCAGACGUGGAGAGCCACCCCAGUGACAGCGGGUGACGACCGGGAUCGUGGCGAUGGCACCGGUGGGAUUCGGGGGGGCAGACGGGGACACGGCGUGGGGACAGCGACGGCGGGAACGGGCGCCAGGACGGACAGAUGGCGCCUGGGGACAGCAGUGACGGCACCGGGUCCCGGCUGGGACAGAGGCCGUGUGCGGCUGGCGGCAUCGCGAGCAGCCGGCAGCGAGGACAAGGAGCCGAAAGGAACGGCGGCACGUCCGACGGGGGCAGCGGCAGCGUCCUGAGGGCUGGCACUCAGCGGUGCUGCACUCGGGCUGCCGGGGCUCCGUGCUGAGGACCCGUGGGGCGGUGGGAGCGGGAGGGGCGGUGGGUCCCGGGGGGAUGAAGGGACGGCGGGGAACGAGGGGGUGUCCUUAUAAAAGCGAGACGCCACUCGGCUGCUGAAGGUGACCUCGGAAUGAGUUUUAUUUACCAAAGGCGCCAGGAGGUCGGAGAGAACCGCUCCGAAUGUAGAGAGAAGUUGGACCGAGGCCGGCAGGGAGGCUGCCAGGCAUCGGAUGGGUGACGUGGUGGGCGAGCCGGGAAUGGAUCCCCCGAGUUCCUCGGCCAGUGGGGAAAGGGAGCGUGUCGCAUGUGGCCAGGAGGUAGGGCCUGAAAGGGGUCGGAGCUUGGAGAACGUCCACAGCAAUUUCUGUCUGUAGGCCGUCCCUUGAGUCCAAAAGGGAAACGUGUUCCGAAGCCCUCCAUCACCUCCUGGAGCAUCCAAGCGAGUCGGAACAUCACGGUGGGGCUGGGGGGGCUGGGAGGUGCCUUCCGACCCAACUCAGGUGCUGAGAUCCUGUGAUUUGAUGAAGAAAUGCUUCUGUGCGUCACAGGGAGACCCGAGGCUGAACUGUGGCCGGCCCUCCUCUCGGGUCCAGAGUGGGGAGCACGAAAUCGCCCUCCAUGCCCCCAGCUGCUGGGCGCGCCCUGCUCAUGGGCCGGCUGUGCCCCUGCCCUCCGUGACAUCACAGCUGCCCUCUGUGACAUCACAGCUGCCCUCUGGCUGCAGCUGGCAGAGCCCCAGUGGGCUCAGAGCUUUUGGGACCGUGGUGCUGAGAGGACGUGCCGCUUCCAGGGCUCAUCUUCGCUGCGAUGGCGAGGAGAAAGGCUGCGACCGCAAGGCGCCCCAGGGCACCUAAGUGCCCCGCAGGGAGCCGGGCUGUCGGCGAGGGCCAGCAGGUCCCCGCUGGGGACACAUCAGCGCAGGGGCAGAGGUACGAGGUGGGGGGAACCGGCCGGGGGCAUCGGGCCGGGGGCAAGCGCGCACACAGCCCUCGGUGGCCCGGGGAGAGGGGCAGCCGGGGGAAGCCUCUGGUUUGACCCUCACUGCAGCCGGGACGGCGCCGGCGGGCAGCCCAAGGCCCGUCCUCUGGGAGGGCCUCUGCGGAGGCUGCUGCCGCCUGCCUCGGCUCUCGCACGGUGGGACCGGUGCUCAACCAGGUUCUUUCCUCCCGCAGAAGCCUCUGUGAGCCGGCGGAAGUGAGCGGGCCUUCACCAGCAUCAGGUCCUGCCUCCGCUGGCCAACAGCGUUCAGUGUGGCGUGAAGCAGCCAAAAGAACUGCAAGACGCCUGGCUGCUGCUGCUUCACAGCACAAGAUGAACCGCGCCAGAGUGUUCGUCGCACUGUCUCUGGUGCUUCUUGUUGCUGUCGCUACCCAGGUGUAUUUCACUGCAUCUUCGUGGAUACGCCUCAAAAUAGAGGAAGACACGGAGGCACAGCGGAUGCUGUCUGAGCUGAGAGCACGGCAGGAGUGCUAUCAGACGCCGGACUGGGCACGGAAGAGCAUUGGUGCUACCAUCGACCUGCACAGAACUUCUCCUACCUACACAUUUAAGUGCUGGUUUUGCUGGCUCCACAGUCUCAUCGUCCCCGUGAAUCCUCCGGAUACCAUCCUGCAGCCGGGCGAUUCACCAGGACAGUGCUGGCCCAUGGAGGGACAUCAGGGCCAGGUGGUCAUCGGGUUGCCAGCUGAAAUCGUGCCCUCUUGUGUCAUUCUGGAACACGUUGAUCCAGGGCUGACUCCAGCUGCCUCCCCCAGCAGUGCCCCGAAAGAAUUUGCUGUUUUUGGGCUGGAUGUGGACAGCGAAGAGGAGGUUCCGCUUGGGUCGUUCACCUUCGAUGUGCAGAAGGCAUUCUUAGACAUCUUCCUGCUCCAGAAUCAUCCUGCCAGAGCCUUUCGCCACAUCAAGGUUCUGGUGGACAGCAACUGGGGACAUCCAGAAUACACCUGCAUUUACCGAGUGCAGGUGCACGGGAAGGUGGUGAAAAAACUGACCGUCUGAAAUUGGAGCAGCAAGAUCUGAAAUUGAACAUGGAAGAUCUGAAAUUGGCAUUUGUCAGAUCUGGAAUUGGCAUUUGUAAGAUCUGAAAUUGGCAUUUGUCAGAUCUGGAAUUGGCUUUUGUAAGAUCUGAAAUUGGCAUUUGUAAGAUCUGACCAAAAAAUAAAAACAUCAACAUCAA